AUGGCAUAUCCUCUCACGAGAGAAAACUCGAAACAUGACUCCCCCAACCCGUUACGAGAACACACUGCCACAUAUUACAAAGUUGAAAUCAUCCCACUAACAUGUGUAUUCGUACAGCUACAACGCGAAGAGACGGCACUGGAGAAAGACCCGCCUCGGCAUCUAAACUGUUUCGCCUCCAACAAUUCUCGACUCCUCCAUCCAUCAACUGUUGCCCGACUACAACACCACCAUAUUUUCUCACCAUGGCUUGACGAUGAAAUGGACCCAAAGCACACUACACUUGGAGGAGCACUAGGGAGGAAGAAUUUGCUGCUGCUCGGAGCGCAAAGGAACAACGAAAACAGGAGAUGUUGA